UGGCCAGAGUUCAAAACCUUGACUGCAUUUCAGUCCGUUUAUUAAAAACAUCGGACAUCAUUCAACGCCUUCGUAUCUAGAGAUUAAAAUUAUUGUUUAUUUACAAAAACAGUUAGAACUGUAUAGUUCGUUACACGAUGAAGACUUGUUUAACAUUCAUUUGUUGUUCCUUUGUGUUGUUAUUAUGUGGAAAAUCAGUGGAAAGUGCGAAAAUUCUGGGAGUUUUUCCCAUGCCUGGAGGAAGCCACUAUAUCCUGGCUUCGAAACUGAUGAAAGGUUUAGCUGAAGCUGGUCACGAUAUCACAAUAAUAACUCCUUACAAGCUGAAGGAUGUACCUAAAAAUGGUACAUGGAAAGAAGUUCUAAUGGAAGGUUUCGUGGAAGAUUUCCAAUUCAGAAUGAAAGGUGAAGAUCUGUACGAAGAUAGCAAAAGAAACUCACUCGAAAAAAUCGUUUCCUACAAUCAUUUGAUGCUCAGCUGGGUGAACAACACCUUGUACCACCCAGACGUAAGAAAACUGAUCAAUUCCGGUGAAAAAUUCGAUGCCGUGAUCAUGGAGCAAUUUUUCAACGAAGCGCAUAAGGUUUUUGCCCAUUUUUUCAAAUGCCCUUUGAUACUGCUUAGUAGCAUAGGACCCAGUGCCUUGGUAAAUUUUGUGGUGGGGAACCCCCCAGAACUCUCCUACGCCCCCCAUUUCUUCGUACAGGCCGACCUAGACCACGGAAUGGGCUUCUUCAAACGUCUAGAAAACCUCCUAGUUUCAGCGGGAGAAUCAGCAUUAAGAACAUACUACUCCACUCCACUCCAGCAAGAAAUCUUGGAGAAAGCCUUCCCAGAAGCUCCCCCAAUCACAGAACUUCAAAAACUAGUGUCUUUGGUGUUGGCCAACUCGCAUACCAGCUACGCUCAGGCGGUACCAAUGGUACCAAACAUGGUGGAGGUAGGUGGGUACCACGUGGACCCUCCUAAAGCUCUGCCAAAAGAUCUACAAGAUUUCCUGGAUAAUGCUAAGGAUGGGGUAAUUUAUUUUAGCAUGGGUUCGAAUUUGAAAAGCAAGGAUAUGUCAGUUGAGAAGAAAAAAAUGUUUUUGGACGUUUUUAGAAAGCUUAAACAGAAAGUACUGUGGAAAUUUGAGGAGGAACUACCUAAAAGGCCUGAGAAUGUUCUUAUAAGGAGUUGGAUGCCUCAGCAGGAUAUAUUAGCCCAUCCGAAUAUCAAACUGUUCAUAACACACGGCGGGCUCCUGAGUACCACAGAGACAAUAUACCACGGAGUACCGAUCCUGGCUAUACCGGUAUUUGCUGACCAGUUCGCAAAUGCCUUUAAAGCUGUCCAGUUUGGAUACGGCCUACAGAUUGCGUACAAUGCUGAAAAGUUCUCCGAAAAAAUGCUUAGUGAACUUAUAGAGGAGCUGUUAAAUAACAAGAAAUACAGGGAAAAUGCCAGAAGGAGGUCUAAGCUGUACCAUGACAGGCCACUGAAACCUAUGGAGAGUGUGGUGUAUUGGGUAGAGUACGCUAUUAGAAACAAGGGUGCUAGACACUUGAUGGUCAAUGGAGUGAAUCAGUCGUGGUUCGAGUACUACCUGCUUGAUAUUAUGGGGUUUUUAGCUGGUAUAGUACUCGUUUUAGUGUAUUUAGUUAAGUUAGGUUGUAAGAUUUUAUGUUGUAAGACUGGUAGAGCUAAGAAUGUCAAAGAAAAAGUGAAUUAAAGUGAGAAAUUAAAAUAAAGAAAUAUUUUUUUAAUA